AAAGAAAUCAAAGAAUGGAGGCGGCCGACGUGAAGAAGGUGAACGAUGGCGCCGGCACACCAGACCCGAUCGCGCAACCGGUCCAUAACAACGCUUCCGCCGUAGCCCAAGAUUCGUCUUAUGCGAUCUGCACGGAGGAAGAGCUCAUUCAAACGUUUGCCAAGCCUGGCGAGAGGGUGUUGUACUGGGGAUCAGGAUCGCCUCAAGCGUGGCGCGUGCUGAUCGCUCUCGAAGAGAAGAACAUUGAAUACCGCAGUGUCUGUGCGAGCUUCUCCAGUGGCGUCCUGAAAUCCCCUGCGUUCCGCCAGCUCAACCCCCGCAUGCGCGUGCCAGUGUACGUGGACGGUACUGCGGGUGUCAUUCUGUACGAAUGCGAUGCGAUUCUGGCUUUCCUGGAGAGGUUUUACCCGAAUCCACUCAUGCCCACAGACCCAAAGUCGUUUGCGAUUGCCGAAACCCGCCUCCAUGAAGCGAAUGAGGUGCUGUCCACCGUGGGCGAAAUGGUUGUGUACCUUCGACGAGCACAAUCGAACGCCAAGAAGAACAUCAAGACCAACAUGGACAUGCUGCACGCCAAAUGGAACGUGCUGGAAACGGAGCUCAAGCUGUGGGAAAUGUACUUAGACGGCCGCCAGUACUUGGUCGGGAAUGACGCGUUUCUGUGCGAUGUGGUUGUGUUUACGAACGUGGCGUACGCGGUUCGAUGUGGCUUGCAACUCGACGGUCUGUAUCCGCGCUUGGCCAUGUGGUACCUUCGCAUGUGUUCGCGCCCGUCCGUCGAGAAAACGUACGAACCAUCGAUCUUGGGUUGGCACUUAUGAUCAUGUUAGGUGGCCGCCGCAUUGGAAGACCACGAUUGGGUUCACGGUGCUCGCUCGGUGUCACUUUUGCAUAUGUCAAGGCGAAUGCGUAUGUAGCUGCAGUCCGUCGUCGUCGUAGCCAGAAUCAAAAGUAGUUGGACAACAUGAUAGAUCUGGAAUUUGGAUAAGUCUUGCUCCUCGUUGAUCAUCGUGGCAUCCCCACAUACCAGGCAAUCAUGCCCCAAUAUUCACUAAGGCGGAAAGUUGGUCGACAUAGCGACGGACCUCCGUGUAGGAGCGUAUGCCUUUGAUGAGUAGUUGGUAAUGGGAUCGUGAUAUGGAUGUGCUUGCAUCGGAUACAAUUCCGUUCGAACGUGAUCCCCGCAGGCUAGGUUCAAUCAAUCGCCCAUGAGUUCAAGCUGGCCUUGGAGACGCAGUAGGGCCUUGGAGAGGAGGGUGAUCUUGGCCUCCAUGCGGACUUCGGACUCGAGCAGCCGCGUUUCGAUCAUUUGCUCGAUCAGUUGCAGCUGCUGGUCGCUGGGGUCGGCGGUCUUAAAGCUCCCGCCAAAUGACAGCCGCUCCACUCUCUUGGCGCGCUCGGGGCUCACGAGGUGCGAUUGGUGGGUACGGAUCACACGCUGCAGGUCGGCCAAGUCGUGGCGAAAAUUAUCCUACAAAAGACCAACACCAAG